CUACGGGUAUAAACUCUGUUAUACUCGGUAUUUCGUAAGAGGGUCACACUUGGCGGGCACACCGAACCCGCAUCACGCAAUCCGCGCGGAGCAUGAUGGAAGAAUCGGGGUAGGCCAAUGACGCCCUUAACAUCCACCUCCGUAUCUAUACAUUUCCAUCAGGGUAACAACAGUCUUUAGGGCCCAUCGCCUAGAGAAGAAAAUUAGAUAAAUAUCCCUCGAAUAUAUAUAAAAGAAUAUUGUGUCCUCGUUGAAUUCGUAUUUUACAUUGGUUUUUGAUAACCGCUACGUGCUUCAGUGGCUCGGAGGCAAUCUGCUAUAUCGGAAGUUAUACAAUAAGAAUAUAAUCAUUCAUAGUGUUCUAUCACUCAGAUAUAGGAUUCAAAACAGAGAAUGGCGUCAUCUAACGAGACCGGAGGUGAGGCGCAGAAGCCAAAGAAACAGCUUCUCCUAAACGCCUUCGUGAUGACGACGCCCGGGCAUCUGUCUCCAGGGCUCUGGAAGCACCCACGGAAUCAUACAGACGACUAUAAUAAGCUCAGCUUCUGGACGUCACUUGCGCAGCUCUUAGACAAGGGCGACUUCCAUGCCAUGUUUAUCGCGGACACUCUGGGCCCGUAUGAUGUUUAUAGGGGCCCAGCUAACGUAGAUCCGGUGCUUGCCUCAGGCGCACAGUACCCAGUCAACGACCCGUUGUAUGCCGUGCCGGCCAUGGCGGCCGCGACGAAGAAUCUGAUUUUUGGUGUCACUGCCUCAACUACUUACGAUGCGCCAUAUGCUUUGGCUCGGCGAUUCUCGACAGUCGACCACCUAGCCGAAGGCCGGGUAGCAUGGAACAUUGUGACCUCGUACCUCGAAAGUGCGGCCAGAAACUUUGGACUGGAGACGCAGAUCGAACACGAUGAGAGGUACCGAAUUGCAGAGGAGUAUAUGGAUGUGGUCUACAAGCUUUGGGAAAGCAGUUGGAGAGACGAUGCCGUUAUUCGGGAUCGUGAAAAGGGUCAGUUUGCAGUAGCAGGGAGAGUGCGCCCGAUCAAUCAUAAGGGCAAAUACUUCCAAGUCCCGGGUCCGCAUAUUUCGGAGCCGUCUCCCCAGCGAACGCCGUUUCUAUUCCAAGCUGGUACAUCCAAAGCCGGAACAGAAUUCGGAGCAAAGCAUGCAGAGGCCGUGUUCAUGGGCGGUCAACUUCCGGAGCUGGUGCGAAAAUCGGUUGACGCGCUUCGAUCCACAGCCAAGACAUUCGGCAGGGACCCGAACCACAUCAAAGUAUUUACGGGCGUUACCAUUAUUGUUGACGAGACGGACGAGAAGGCGCAGGCUAAAUAUAAAGAGCUUCUUUCGUAUGGGGACCGCGAAGGCGCGCUUGCGUUAUUCGGCGGCUGGACAGGAAAUGACCUUUCAUCCUUUUCUGACGACGAAGAUUUAGUUCUUGUCGACAAGCCUGCGAUUCGGUCUUUGAUUCAUCGAUGGUCUUCUACUGUACCCGGUACCGAGGGGCUAAAAUGGACCAAAGCUCGAAUUGCAGAAUUCCUAUCGAUAGGAGGCAUGAUGCCCAAGAUCGUAGGAAGUCCCAAAACUGUUGUGGACGAGCUGGAAAGAUGGGCCGAGGUAGCGGAUGUGGACGGAUUCAAUCUGGCGCACGUAGUGAACCCUGGCUCAUUUGAGGAUAUCAUCGAGUUUGUAAUUCCCGAAUUACGAAGAAGGGGACUGUUCCGAGCAGAGGCUGAGCGGCCAGGGGUCACAGCGCGGGAAGUAUUUUUCGGACAGCCGCAUCUUCUGAGCGACCAUCCGGGCCACCAGUAUAAAUGGCCAAUAUCUUAGAUGUAUUGUACAUGGGCGUACGUGUUUGCAUGCAGUAAUCUCCGAUGAAUAUAGAAAUGUAGUGCUUCAUAACCAAUUCGUAACUAAAUCUGGUGCCGUUGCCGUUGCGUCUGUGCCGAGAACCGAAUAUUCCAAGCCAAGGAAAUUGAAGCUUUGAAGGAAGUAAGUAAGGUACACAGGUAUGAGGUAGGAGGAGUGAAUAUUAUUCACUGGAUAAAAAUUGAUGGAUCCAAUGACCUGCACCCUAACGUCG